AUGGGGACAAGACAAAAAAAACUUCAAAAAAAUGGUCCACCAGAUGGACUCUCGGCUCCCCCUCCAGGCCAGCCCCCGGGCCGGGAAGGUUCUGAGCCCCCCCUCAGACGACCCCCCCCCCUGAAAAUUUGGGGAGCACCAGCAAAACCAGCCGAAACAGCUGGUGCCCCCGAGCAACCCCCAAAAGCCGAAAGGGGGGGCCCGAAACGACCGGGGCCGGAGCCCGACCCCGGGGGAGAGUCUGGACCCCCAAGGCGUCCCCCCAGUUCAAAGUGCCAGUCAAACCGAAGGCUUGACAAGCCACGGGUCAGCCGCUUGAAGCCACUGCCAACCUGCACCAUUGUUCCCUUCCCGAAGGUUUCUGCAGGUGAAAAGGAAUUCCUCCUAUGCCAUGCACCUCUCGAUCACCAAAUAGAUUUUUUUCGUGAAGCUCGUGGGGCCCUGUUUUUUCCAAACGAGGAAAAGGCCCUGUCCCCUCCAUUCACCCAAAAAUUUGGAACUGGUCAACCCAAAUCCUCCCUGAAUCCUGCUCUCCGUCAGCGACCUAAAAACCCCGAGUCAACACGUACGCUCCAAAGAAGCAAUCCUGCAGAGAGCCGCGCCUUCCCCCCCGAAAGCAUGCGGGCCUUUUACAGCUUUGCCCCUGACGGCCCUAUCCCCGGAAAUAUCCGGGCCCUAAAAGUACUCCCCCCAUGCCAACACAACCCGCUCCUGAUAUUCUAUGCUCGAUGUUUCUUUAGCGUUGCGCGACAGUUUAAGCCGCCUUACUAG